AUGUUCGCAGUCUGCAAUUUUGGAGAAAUAAAUGUCGGUCGGUUGCCAAACGGAGCCAAACGGACACCAUCUCUCGGCGAAAAGGCGCAGCGAAGAGUCGCGAGCCACGUGUGCGUCGAGCGCUCUCGCGGCGUCCCCCGGCCGUAUCGGCUCGGACGGGAGGCGGCCACGAUGACGGCGCACUCGCCGGACGCCCCGCCGGGCGACGACGACCCGCGGAGCGAGGGGUACGGCUACGGCGGUCGCAUAGCCUCCUUCCGCGCGAACGAGUUUGCGCGCAUCGACGACUCCGGCGUCGCCUACUGCGACCACGCGGGCGCGCCCCCUCACUCCGAAUCGCUGGUGCGCGAGUCGCUGCGGAUGAUGGAACGCACGCUGCUGGGCAACCCGCACAGUGCGCACGACGCCGGGGCGCGGACCAAGGCGCUGGUGGACGAGGCGAGGGACGCCACGCUGACGCACCUCAACGCGCCAUUCGGCGAGUACGCGGUGGUGUUCACGUCCGGCGCCACGGGCGCGAUGCGACUCCUGGCGGAGGCGUUCCCGUGGUCCGCGGGGAGGUCGGAGUUUGCGUACACGCGGGGGAACCACACCAGCGUGGUGGGCGCGCGGGGAUGCGCGAUGGCGGCGGGCGCGAAAGUCUCGGUGGUGGACGUCGUCGCGACGGAUUCGACAUCCUCCGUCGGAUCCUCGGGAGAAUCAAAACUCCUCGACGACGACGACGCCGAACGCGGCUGGCGCGUGACUCGCAGCCACGAGAUCGUCCCGGAAACCGCGGACGGCGUCCACGGGGAUCGAACCCACGCGCCUGUACGCGAAGAACCCGGCGCGUACCACUCGACGAACGGCGCACGCCCCGUCUCGCACAGCCUCUUCGCGUACAGCGCCGAGUGCAACCUCAGCGGCGAGAGGCGGCCGCCGACGGUGGCGCGGGCGUUCGUGAACGGCGAGAGGGGCGCGGGGGGAUCGGACGAAGCGCAUCAGACGACGCGCUGGUGGACCGUGUGCGACGCCGCGAAGGCGUGCGCGCUGGCCCCGCCCGAUCUCUCCGCCGCCGACGCGCCCGACUUCGUGCUCGUCGCCUAUUACAAAAUAUUCGGCUUUCCCGCGGGAGUCGGCGCGCUCGUGGCGAGGCGUCGCGCUCUGGAGGUGCUGACGCCGAGGUACUUCGGCGGCGGGGUCGCCGCGGGGGUGGACGCGUGCGAGGACUUCUUCGUCAGGCGCGACGGAGCGGAGGGGUUCGAGGACGGCACGCUACCGUUCACCGCAAUCGCGGCGAUACCCGCGGGCUUUCGGUCCCUCGCGCGGCUGGCGGAGGAUCCCCCGGCGCAUCACGGGGACGGGGACGGGGACGAAAAGUCGGCACCCGGGGAUGGGGAUUCGACCCAAACUCGCGCAACAAACCGUCGGGGAAGCCGCGAGGGUGCCGAACGCGCCGACGCGCACGCCCGCGCGGUCGCGGCGCGCUGCGUCACGUCGCUGCUCUCCCUCAAACAUCGAUCAAACGGCGCUCCCGUCGUCGUCGUGUACGGCUGGUCGACGACGGAGUUGAACGCAGCGACCGGGCCGGGCGUCCGCGUCGGGUCCCCGCUCGGCGUCACCGGCCAAGGACCCACCGUGGCGUUCAACGUGCUGAGUCAGCACGGGACGCACGUCGGGUACGCCGCCGUCGAACGAGCAUUGGCAGCGUCGGGCGUCCACGUCAGGACCGGGUGCUGCUGCAACCCGGGAGCGUGCGACUACUUCACGAGUCUCCCGCUCGCUCGCGCGUCUAAAACCGCGGACGACGACGGGCCCUUAAGGACGGGGGGAUGCGGGGGCGACGCCGACGGUGACUCACCGGCCGGGAUGGGAGGCGGUCGUCCCGGUCGCCCGCGCGCGCUUCACGCCGCGGGUAAGGUGUGCGGCGACGGCGUGGACGUGGACGACGGCGGCGUCGCCACCGGUGUUUGCAGGGCGUCCUUCGGGUGGUGCUCGACGUUUGAGGACGCCGACGCGCUCGUCGCGACGAUCGCCGAACACUUCGUAUUGGAAGAAGAUGAACGCGUCGUCAACACGGAAGAGGACGAACGCGUCGCCUCACCUUCGACGGAACCUCGCGCACUCACGCCGACGGCGAUCGUCGCGAGCCUUUGCGUGUAUCCCCUGAAGAGCGCGGCGGCGUUUUCGCCCCCGUCCGGUUCGUGGCCCCUCGGUCCCAACGGCCUCCUGUUCGACAGGGAGUGGGCGCUGGUAUCGCCCCGCGGCGUCGUCCUGCAUCAACGAACGUGCCCGCGUCUCGUGAAGCUGACGCCGGUGAUCGACGUGGACGCCGGGGUGAUGCGCGUGAGCGUGCUCGGGGAGCCGGAGCUCGGUCGGUGCGAGGUCGCGCUUGCUGGGGGAUCGAACGGCGGCGGCACCGGCGUGAGCGUCCGCCUGUGCGGCGAGGACACUCGCGUGACCGUGGGCGACGACGACGUCGACGCGUGGUUCACCGCCGCGGUCGGCGCGCCGUGCUCAUUGGUUCGUCAACGCGCGGGCGCGCGCCGAUCGAUCCGACGAGCCCCCACAGACGCAGACGACGACGAAUCGCAAUCGCGUUCGCCGCCCACCAUCGGGCUCGCCAACAGCGCGCAGAUACUGCUGGUGAGCCAGUCCAGCGUGGACCACCUCCAGGGCUUGGUGGACGGACGACGACGACGCGGACGGGGGGCGGUCGAGGCGGGCGGGGGCGCGAGGGGCACGACCGUUACAGCGACCGUUACGAGCGCUAACGAGUCGAGCGUCGAGGUGGAAUUUGUCUCGCGGUUUCGUCCCAACGUCGUCGUCUCCGGCGACGCGUUACCGCCGUACGACGAGGAAUCCCCCGCGUGGACGUCGCUUGAGAUUGGCGACGCUCCCGGGGGUGGGGGGGGUCAGCCGGCGCGCGCGCGGCUUCGCGCGGUGCGACCGUGCGAGCGGUGCUCCGCGGUCGGUGUUGAGCAGACGAGCGGCGAGCGGACGGCGGAGCCGAUGCUGUCGCUGUCGCGGUUUCGAUCGGGCUCGCGGGCGGCGGGCGGGGGCGGCGGUGGGGUGACGUUCGGGGUUCUGUUCGACGUGGACGCGGGUGAUGGUGCGGGGUACGGGGUGUUGAGCGUCGGUGACGUCGUGCGCGCCGUGGGAUGCGCCGCGGCGGCGACGGCGGCGUGA